UUAUUUUGAAGGACGUGCCGCCUCUUCCUCCGUCGUCCGCCAUCUUGGCUCGGCUAGCUUGACGCAGCGGAGCCGCAAUCGGAGGCACAGCGGAUCAAUUCGGAGCCUCUGCGGGUUGAUUUUGCAGAUUAUGCGGCGCCGCUGAUCUCCUGGAUCGGACGUCCUCCGUGUCCCCAUCGUGUCCAGCAGCAGACUCCAGGCGUUAGUCUGUACCGGCCUGAAUGCAGCCUGUCUGGGGCCCGGUCUAGUUCCUGGUUCCCCUUCUCUCCCACCACCUCCUUUCCCUACCCUUCCUCUCCCCACCCCGACCCCCCUCCCUCCUCCAUCCUCACCCUCCUCCCCCCCUUCCUCCCUCCUUACCCCGGCACCUCCCAGCGAUUAGCCUGCACCGGCGGCCUGCCCGGCUGCCCCCCUACAGGUGGAUGAAUGAAGACCCCGUUCAAGAGCCCAGCGGCCCCGCGGCCCCGAGGGGACGGAGGACAUUCAGGCGUCUCCGCAAACAUGAUGAAGAAGAAGAACCCACACAAGAAGCAGAGGACCAGCGUUGGGCCCAGUAAAGCUCUGGCUCCGCCCCGGAGGAACAUCGUGGGCUGCAGGAUCCAGCACAUCUGGAAGGAGGGAAGUAAGUCGUCCCAGUGGAAGGGGACGGUCCUGGACCAGGUCCCUGUCAACCCGUCCCUCUACCUGAUCAAGUACGACGGCUUCGACUGCAUCUACGGCCUCGAGCUGCACAGCGACGAGAGGGUGGUGGGGCUGGAGGUGCUGCCCGACCGAGUGGCUCCGGCCCGGGUCAGCGACUCGUUGCUGGCGGACACGAUGAUCGGGAAGGCGGUGGAGCACAUGUUUGAGACGGAGGACGGUCCCAAGGAGGAGUGGAGGGGGAUGGUUCUGGCCCGGGCCCCCAUCAUGACCUCCUGGUUUUACAUCACCUACGAGAAAGACCCGGUUCUCUACAUGUACCAGCUCCUGGACGACUACAAGGAGGGAGACCUGCGCAUCAUGCCCGACUCCAAUGACAGCGUCGCGGCGGAGCGGGAACCCGGCGAGGUGGUGGACAGUCUGGUGGGGAAACAGGUGGAGUACGCCAAAGAGGACGGGGGCAAGCGUUCGGGGAUGGUGAUCCACCAGGUGGAGGCCAAACCCUCCGUCUACUUCAUCAAGUUCGACGAUGACUUCCACAUCUACGUCUACGACCUGGUCAAGACCUCGUAAGGCCAGCGGUCCCCGAAAGACUGACCCAGACCCUCGACUCGCCUUAAAACCAGGAAACGGACCCGUUGAGACCAGCUCCACGUGUCCUGACGCUUUGCUUCGGCCUUUAGACUCUUUGAAGAAGAUUCCACCAACGUCGGCUCAGACACAAACUAGUUCCCAAACUUUAGAUCAUACGUGGAACAGAUGACGCUUUAGGUUGAAAACUUUUACGCCGCAAAUCGAUCCUGAGACCUGAGACCUGAGACCCCCCAGAUAAGACCCGAAGGUUCCCCUGGUUGAAGCUCCUCCUCCUGCUCCUCCUCCUCCUCCUCCUCCUGCUCCUGCUGCUCCUCCUCCUCCUCCUCCUCUUCUUCCUCUCCUCCUCCUUCCUCUUCUGACCAGGUCCUGGUCUGCCGGGGUUAAUGAAGGACAGGGUCUGUGUCUACAGGAGGAGGACUAUUCCGCCAUUGGAGGCGUCCAAUCACAGAGCAUUUUACUGGCCACGCCCCCUCGGAGGUCACCUGCUGACGGACGCAGCAGAAAAAAAAACACAGAAGACUUUUCCCCCUUUUUUCUGUUGUUUGCUCAUUGUUGUUGAUUCCUACGUUACCCAGGAUGCACCUGCAUCCCUGGCCCCAGGUCUCAGCGUGAAGGAGUUCAGACUCUGUUUUUAAUUGUUUUUGUGCCAAAAGGAUUUUCAGAAGCCUCCAGGUUCAGUGUUGAUGAAACAUUAAGAGCUUUUAUCUGUAAAUUAUAUUUUACGUCAUUCCCACUGUUUGACUCAUUCAUGGUGAUGUAGUUGAUUAAUGACGUUAGUUAUAAACCUGUGAACUCAGUCAGCUGUUCCUUCUCCUGCUGCUGUAUUUAAUGUUCCUGCUCUGUACAGUCUCCUCCGUACGUACGUUCUCCACCAGCACCGUUCUCUCCUCUACGGUUCCUCUCUGCUCCGUCUACGACCAUGUUCCAUCAUUUCACGACACACUGCACUGCAUUCCUUCCACAUCGGUUCUAGAACGGUUCCACAUCGGUUCUCUGUUGGUUCUACAUUGGUUCCACAUCGGUUCCACAUCGGUUCCACAUUGGUUCCACAUCAGUUCCACAUCGGUUCUAGAACGGUUCCACAUUGGUUCCACAUCGGUUCCAAAUCAGUUCCACAUCGGUUCUAGAACGGUUCCACAUCGGUUCCACAUCGGUUCCACAUGGGUUCCACAUCAGUUCUACAUCGGUUCUAGGUCGGUUCCACAUCCUCCUCCCAUCAUUCAUUUCAUGGCCUACUGGACAUGGCUCCGCCCACUUCUGCAGGAAGUUUGUUGUUCUAUUUAUUUAUUUUUUUAAAUUUGUUUGCGAAGUGUUAGUCCAUGUUCUGGAGAGGUUCUAGAUCCACCCAUGUUCACCUGCUCCGGUUCUAGAACCCUCAAAUUUACUUUAGACCCUCCUGUUCUAGACCCAGUGGGGGGUGUUACUGUUUUUUUCCAGAACAUUCACAUUUAAGUUUAAGGUCGGUUCAGGGUGAGAUUCUAGAACCACCUCCGUGGUUCGGUUCUGACCUCAAAGAUUGAUGGACUGGAAUCACUUGUUCUCAUUCUGGAGUCUGACGUUAAACGUAUUUUGGAACUUUAGCGGGUUCUAUUUAAAUCACAGCUCUAGAACGUCCUUAAUUCAGAUUUGAUGUUCCAAAAGAACGUUGCUUCAGAGCCCAGAUCCCAGAAUCCAGAACAGAUCUGAGUCCACCGUUCUUGAACCAGUUUUAGAAUGCGUGUUCUCAUGUUGGCGCUUCAUGGUUCUGGAAAGGUGGACGCUUCUAGUACGGUCUGAGGGAAGCUGGUUUACUGAAUGUUAGAACCGCUGGAACCCACAGGAGUCGGACUUUCCAGAAUGUUCCGUGUCGUUUUGGGGCCGUGGGGCGCUCCGACUCUAGAACAGUCCACUGAUCCGAUCCGACUCGAGAACAGUCCACUGAUCCGAUCCCGCUCCGACUCUAGAACCCGACAUUUUCUCUCCGUCGUGCUCUAGAACGUUGUUCUGAAGACGUCAUUGAACCUGAUCUGUUCUGGUUCUGAUCCGGAGCCUCUGACUCCAGAAGAGUGAACCCAGAUCACUGGUUCUGAUCUAGAACCUGAAUCUGUCGCUGCUCUAGAGUCACAGCGUCCCACGAUGCACCUGGGCUCGGGCUGAUGAACCCUGGGAUGUGUAGGCUGAAGCCGACAGACAGGAAACUGAUGGUGUGAGUGUGUGAGUGAGUGUGUGUCUGUGUGUGUCGGUGUGUGUGUUGUGCUGCAUGCCUUCUAGCUCCCUGUGAUCGAUGUGCGUUGCAUGUCUGUGUAGUUUCAGUUGUUGGCCGACUUCUGUCCGUUGUGAGCUUUGGUGCCUUUUGUUUUUAUUUCUGUUGGUUUCAUUUGGUUUUGUACCGUGUGUCCCAGAGGCCGCUAUUUUUGGGGUUAUUGAUAAAAAACAAACUGAAAACGAA